UUCCUUCCUUUACCGCUAAAAUAAGGGGGUCGAACAACAAACACAGAGAGAGAAUGGUCCUUUCUGCACGACAAACAUCGUCGCUGUGGCCGUACUUUGGUAUUUGAAAAGAACUUUGCCUAUAUUCCGGCAACAUGAGGCUGCGGAGUUGAGACGACUGCAUGCCUCCCCUUUCCCCUUUCGCUCCUUCCCCUCCCAGUCUAGUUCUCUUCAACGUCCAUCACCCACACUGCUACUUCUAGCAGCUCGCUCUUGUCUCCUUCUCUUCGUCAGAGAUCGUCCAUCACACUCCUUUUUCCCCACUCUUACUGUUCUCCGAGACGAUCUCUACCUUUACCUCAACCUCUUCGUUCCUUCUUCGUUCCUGACCCUUUUACCUCACGCGAAGCAAGCCACCAGGAUGCAGCUGACUAAACGUCUUGCGCUUGCCCUUGGAGGAGGCCUGGUCGUGUCAAGCUUGGUUGGCGCCUCGAAGGGCCCUGUCGCCUCGCUGGAGAAGAGGGCCGCUGAUGUCACGCCCACGGCGCCAGGUCCCGGUGAUGUCUUCAAGUCUGGCUCGGAUUGCACGAUGCAAUGGGUGCCUGGGACGGACAGCAAGUGGUCUAAGAUGACAAUUGAUCUCAUGACUGGUGCCAAUCAGAACAUGAAGAAGCUCACAAAUGUCGCCUCCAGUAUCGAUGGCACCGACUCGAGCGUGACGUCAUACAAGUGGACCUGCCCAGAAGUCGACCCCUACUCUGCCAUCUACUUUUACCAAUUCACCGAUAGCGACGGCGCAAACCCGGCCUGGACUACUAGAUUCGGUAUCGCGAGUCCGAGCGGCAAGCUGGAAGACCCUCCGGAGGCCAAGCAGCCCACGGGCGAGGCCAUUCCUUGGGGCAACGGAAAGCUGGUCAGCACCAGCUCGUCCUCCGACUCUUCUUCGUCUGAUUCUUCCACAAACGCUUCGUCGUCGUCGUCGGAGCAGGAGUCUUCCUCGGCCUCUUCCUCUGCAUCGACGUCUAUGCGGACGGCCACUUCUUCGGCGACCUCGGACGCCUCGACGCUCUCGUCAUCCCAAACCACGCAAAAUGCAGGCAGCUCAUCCAACAGCCGUGACUCGACGAGUGGAGCAAGCUCGGCCGUCUUCCAGGCAGCCUCCUGGCUCUUCUACUCCAGCGCCCUCUUCGGCUGUGUCACUGCCCUCGUCUGAGCGUCACUUGUCCUGCUCUACUCCUCUGCUUGCUCCUUUUCCGUUCUAUACUCACGGACCCGAUUCAACCUGCAAUUCACUUCAGCGCAUCAACCUUUUGCAAAUGCUCCCACCGGGCAACGCCCCAUCCCACAUUUUUAUCUUUGCACAUUGCCGUAGGCGGCCCUGUGACCACGCGAAGACGGCAAGGGAACGGAGGUAAGGGGAAAGGCAAGACUGCGUUGGAAUUGACGAAAGACGAGGGAGCAAAUGAUCCAGAUACUUUUAAGAUGGGUGACUCGCGAUGACUGUUUCAUCAGAACGUCAAGAUAUAUGGGAGAGAGU